UUCUGUAUCCCUUUCCAUUGAAUCCUAAGACCAAAACAACUUUCAUUCAUUACUUGUCUUCGUUUACUCGCCCGUUUAUUUUCUCUUCACUUCCCCUGUUCCUUCCACUCUUCUCAAACCUUCAGAGUUUAGUUUAUACAAGCAGAGAUGACAAACCAGAAUGUGGUUGUGCCUGAUGCCAAACAGGGUAUUGAUAUCACCAUCGCAAUGGCGCUGCCCAAGUCUCUGUUUUCACCUGUUGUGCCAAAGCCAUUGCCUGCCUCUCCUGGUGGGUAUUUCACAAUAAACCGAAAGAGGUUCUCGAAGAAGACAGAAACUGGAGGCAAAAUCAGUUCCUGGGUUGAUUCUAUGAGGGAUUCUUCACCUACCCGUGUCAAAUCCACCACUUCUUUAUCAGAAACUGAAGAGAAAAAUUCUUGGAUUGUAAACCAUCCUUCUGCUCUGAACAUGUUUGAGCAAAUAGUGAAAGGCUCAAAGGGAAAGCAGAUUGUGAUGUUCCUUGAUUAUGAUGGUACACUGUCACCCAUUGUUGAAGAUCCUGACAGAGCAUUCAUGACCAAUGAGAUGAGAGAAGCUGUCAGGGACGUUGCUAGAUACUUUCCCACGGCUAUAGUGACGGGAAGGUGUAGAAAUAAGGUGUAUAGCUUUGUAAGAUUGGCAGGGCUUUAUUAUGCUGGUAGCCAUGGCAUGGACAUCAAGGGACCAUCCAAAAAUAAUUGCAAAUACAAAAAAGGUGGUGUACUCUUUCAACCUGCCAGUGAAUUUUUACCCAUGAUUGAUGAGGUGUACACUGUCUUGUUGGAGAGAACAAAAUCUAUCCCAAGAGCAAAAGUAGAAAACAACAAAUUUUGCGUAUCCGUACACUUUCGAUGUGUUGAGGAAAAGAUGUGGGCUAUAUUAGUAGAGCAAGUCCGAUCAGUUCUCAAUGAUUAUCCCAAGCUUAGAUUAACUCAAGGGAGGAAGGUUUUAGAGAUCCGACCCACCAUUAAAUGGGACAAGGGCAAAGCUCUUGAAUUCUUGUUAGAGUCAUUAGGAUAUGCCAAUUCUACUGACGUUUUUCCGGUCUAUAUUGGAGAUGAUCGAACUGAUGAGGACGCAUUCAAGGUUCUAAGAAACAGGGGGCAAGGGCUUGGGAUUCUUGUUUCUAAAGUUCCCAAGGAAACAAAUGCCUCUUAUUCUCUACAGGAACCAAAAGAGGUUAAAGACUUCUUACGGCGAUUGGUGGAGUGGAAGCGAUCUUCGUUACAAGGACAACGUAGAGCGUAAAAAUAUAUUAGAUCAAGACCCUUGCCUAAAAGUUGGUCGAGGGUGGCCUUGAAUAUUAUGUAAUCUUUGUUGUUUAUCGAGACAUUAUAAAUGGAUGGGGAAAAAUGGAGUCCAAGAGAUUCCAUAAUGUAGGA